AUGGCCUACAAUUGGCGUCGAAAGAACGCCGAGAACAGUGGGGAUGCUGCAUACUUGUUGAAGCUGCAAAACCGGAAGAAAGGUGUGGCAUAUGGAUCAGUCCAGGUGACAAAGGACAUCAAAUAUGCUGAUAAUCAACCAAUAGUUCCCUGGGGACCUAGAUACUCUAGAGCCACUGCAAAGGACGUACAAAUAAAUAUGGCAAUAUCAGCAACAUUUGAGUACGGUGAGGUUGAAGGCCGAGGUAUACAUAUGGCAAAGCGAGUGCUUCGUAGUUUGGGUUUGGUACUUGGAUCGAUAUUUGCUGCAUCCCUGGGUUAUACCGGACUGGCCAAUUUCUCCCAGUUUCUUGGUCACUAUAUUCCCUCUCUUGUUUAUAACUUCCAGGAGUUGAUUGUGACCACAGCUUCAUCUGUUCUGCUUUGCAUAUUGGCUACGUACUACCGAUAG